AUGCUUUUCAAGAAGUCUAUUGCCUUAGUCGGAGUAGCCGUCAUUCCGGUAGCAUACGCCGUGACAGCCAAGCGAGCCACCCCCGAUCCUGCCGAGUGGACGGAGCUUCACCGCGCUGCACUACUGUCAUCGGCCGCAUACAGUGGCUGUGUCGGCUCUGCGUUUGAUGUGACCAUCACAAAGCAGAUCUACGACGUGAUCACUGAUGCCAAGGGCUACAUCGGCUACUCUACCGAGAAGAAGCGCAUCACAAUCGCCAUGAAAGGCUCCACUACUGUGGAGGACUUUGCAAACGACGAAGACGUUAUACUUGUGACUCCUAGCCUCUCCGGUGUCAGCUUUCCUUCCGGCGUCCAGGUCAUGCAAGGCGUCUACUGGCCCUGGUCGUCAGUGCAUGACACGGUGAUCGCUGAGGUAAAAGCCUUGAUAGAGCAGUACCCCGACUAUGAUUUGGAAUCCACCGGGCACUCCCUGGGAGGGUCACUGACCUACUUGUCGUACAUUGCCUUGGCGCAGAACUUCCCAGAGAAGAACGUCAUCAGUAAUGCGCUGGCGGCUUAUCCCAUCGGCAACUCCGCUUUUGCCAACUUUGGCACAUCAUUGAAUGGCACAUUGAACCGGGGUAACAACGCCGGGGACGGUGUCCCAAAUCUAUAUGUCUCCGCGCCCACUUAUUUCGUCCACUAUGGUACUGAGUACUACAGCUCAGGUACUCAGAGCAGUACCGUCAAGUGCGUUGGAGAGCGGGACACCCAGUGCUCUGCUGGGGAUGGACAGGUGGGCAUCACCUUAGCGCACUUCUCCAAUUUUGGCGUUGUUAUGGACGAGGCAGGCUGCAGUACUUAG